CCCCGGACCGCUGCACCAAACCCUCAACGCCGCCUACCUUGCCUUACCCAUUUCCGACACUAAUUCUAGGCAGGCCUUAACACUUAGCGUUUGGAGACAGUAUGAGGCAGGCAAAAGCUCGUGCGCCAAGAGCUAGCGGACUCGCGGAGCAUUUCGAAUAGGAAGUUCUCUUCUGUUCCAUUUUGGCUUCCUCGCCACAACUGUCCGUACUUAAUAAUUAGGUCUGCGAGUAUUUACUAUCCGCAGCAAUGGCGGACCACCACAUGAUGUUGGACCUACAGGCGCGCGGCAUGCACGCCGCCUCGCUGCCGUUCCAACCCCACCAUCCCGCGGCCCUCGCGCACGUGCACCCGCACCACCUCCAGCCACCGCUGCCGCCGCCGCCGCAGGCGCUCCAGCAUCAGCUGCCGCACCAGCACGUGCCGCAACACCCGCACCACGCGCAGCACCACCAGGACCAGCAGCAGCGAGCGCUGCAGCACCAGCCUCCGCAGCAGCAGCAGCAGCAGCAGCAGCAAGGCCUUGGCAUGGGUAUCUCGCAGCCGGGGGCUUCCCAGCAUCAAGCGCCACGUCAUCAUCAGCAGCAUCUCGCGAACGUGCAGCACCUUGGGGGCUCUGACGUGGAGGUGGGCAUGGAUGACGUGGACGUGGCGGAGGGCGAGGAGGGCGUGAUGGACGACGACGACGGCGACGACGGCGAGCACGGCGGCGCGGGGUCGGGCGAGCACGACCACGAGGGCGGGAUGACCGCGGGCGACGGCGGGAUGGGCGGCGCGAUGCGCGGGGGCGGGCCGAACAUGCUGUCGCUGUCGUACCACGGCGAGGUGUACGUCUUCGACUCCGUGCCGCCCGAAAAGGUGCAGGCGGUGCUGCUGCUGCUGGGCGGCAGGGAGGUGCCGCCAUCCAUGGCCAAUAGCGUGCCGCACCACCACUUCAAGCACCUGGGCGGCGGCGUGGGGGCGGAGCUGCCGGUGCGGCUGAACCAGCCGCAGCGCCUGGCGUCGCUGAACCGGUUCCGGGAAAAGCGCAAGGAGCGUAACUUCGACAAGAAGAUCCGCUACAGCGUGCGCAAGGAGGUCGCGCAGCGCAUGUGUCGGAAGAAGGGGCAGUUCGCGUCCAACCGGGGGGGGGGCUCGUUCUUUGAGGACCCGCUGCCGGAGGUGGGGGAGAGCAGCGCGCACGACAGGACCGACGCCGCGCCUGAAGCCAUCUGCCACCACUGCGGCACGAGUGAGAAGGCCACCCCCAUGAUGCGGCGAGGGCCCAAGGGGCCGCGCACGCUGUGCAACGCAUGUGGACUGAUGUGGGCCAAUAAGGGCGUGCUGCGCGACCUCACCAAGGGCCCGCCCGCCAUCCCCAUGCUCUCGCAGCUCGCGUCAGCACCCGGGGGGGUGGCAGUAGGGGCAGCAGGGGGGGCUGCAGGUGGUGCCAUGGUGGGGGCCAUGCAAGGGACGCCCGCAGGAAUGGGUGCAGGCAUGGGUGCAGGCAUGGGUGCAGGCAUGGGUGCAGGCAUGGGUGCAGGCAUGGCGGCAGGGGCAGAUGCAGGGGCAGGGGCUGGCUUGGAGCAGCAGCAACAACAGCAGCAGGAGCAGGAGGAGCAGCAGGGGCAGCGGGAGCAAGCGGCACACGUGGCGAUUGGGGCGCAAGAGCAGCAAGGGCGCCAGCAGCACUUCAUGCACCAGGACGCCACUGAGGUGGGCUUCCCCGUGCAGCCGGCCCACCUGGACUCGCAGCAGCUGCAGCAGCUGCAGCAGCUGCAGCAGCUGGCAGGCGCGCAGCACACCGCCAUGGGGCCGGGGGAGCCGCAGCAGCGGGGGGGGUUGGAGCAGCAGGAGCAUGAGCAGCUCUCGCAUGCGCAGCAGGAGCACUCUGAGAGGGACGGGCAGGAGCAGCAGGGGGGGGAGGAGGAGGGCGAGCAGGGGGAGGAGCAGCAGAGGGGAGCAAAGAGGAGGCGAGAGGAGCAAGAGGAGGAUGGGGAGGGAGCAGAAGGGGAGGGGCGGGAGUUGCUGGAGGAGCGAGGGGGAGGCGGUGGGGUGGAGGGCGGGACGAGAGGGGAUGAUGGGGGGGAAGGGGAAGAUGAGGGGGAGGGUGGAGGGAAGCACAACGCAUAUGGCGUGGAAGGUUCCAGCCACGGGGAUGCACGGGAGGGGGCAGGUGACUGGGACAGGGAGGGGGAGGGGGCUGGAGUGGGGGGUUCAGACGAAGCAAAGGAGGAUGAAGAGGUGGAGACCGGAGAGCAUCGGGGUCCAGGAGAUGAGGAGGGGGAGGAGAUGGGGAGAGGGGAGGGCAACGGUAGGGUGGAUAGUCCAAGCUGAGGUGAUGGGUUGGUGGAUGAUGAGCGCGCAUCCAACAUGCAUUAGACAGGGAGGGCAAUUGGGCCCUUGCGAGCAGUCGUUGGCUCGUAGCCGUGUGUGCGAAGGGCUGGGUUUUGCUUUGACAUGUCAAAACCGAGUCGUGUGUGCCUCCCCUCUGCCUGCCCUCCCUCGCUGCCAAUCUUCGAGUCUACUGCGCCUCGAUUCGCUGCUCCCAGGUGCCUCGUUGCGAGUCAAGCGGCUGGGAUGGCGGCAGAGCUCUCAGCAACCACCAGUAGCCAUCGCCGGAGUGCUCCUCCAGAUGACCCCCUCUUGUGUGCUUGGGAGUGCUUCCUGCUUUGCCACACCGCAGGAAGGAAGCCCGCCUGUGACUCUGCCUGAGUCACUAAUCCACUGAUUUCUUGGUUGACUAGUGAUUUCCAAGUCUUCCCCUUGCCCUUCCUCUGCCUCAAAACAAAAACCCAUGCGUGUAAUUCACAGGACUGCAAACAAACUGGAAAUGUGAUU